CACUAUUAGAUUUAUAUAGAGAGAUUCGAUAGGAAAAUAUGCGUCGUGUGCCGUUUUACUCUCGAAUUACUUAUUUUAAGUAUUAAAAGCACUAUUGUUCAGUGGUUCAGUACUUUUAGUACUCCAAAUAAGUAAUUAAUUAUGGUCCUUCAGCAAUAAAUUGGCCAUUAGAUUUUUGUAAGGAAUCCGGCAAGAAAACAUUGUGUGCCGCGGGCUUUACAUUCGAAUUAAGUGCGCGGCUGUCGAUGCGCGUAAUUAAUUGCAGUCGCUUACGAAAAAGUCGUCACUUCCGCUCUACUUCUGCGGAGUUUCAUGAAAAAAAACAUAUAUCUAGCUUUUUGUCUAAUAGCCACAGAAGCUAAUCGGAUUACGGGCGAACGAUCGUGACCUAAAAUCGAUCGCGUCGUUUCGCGGUACGCUGCUGCAUAGCGGUUAAUUAUUCCACAACGAGGAACGGUGGCGGGGACCGGUGGCGGGGAAAAAUGAACUUCGUAGUGUUCGGACUUAUCCUGAUAUGUUGCCAUGCCUGGGCAAUUGAGAUAGACGGUAAUUUUGCAGCUAUACAGUUCGGACCUAAUAUAAAUUUCCAAAAAGUUUUUGAAAAAUUAAAGUCCUCAUUGCAAAAUGGAACCAGUGGACUCGAAGUAUUCGGAAUUCCGAUUCAUGAACCGUUCAUUGUGAAAGAUAGACUGCCCGUCAAAUAUAAUACAUCUACUUUUAUAGGUAACAUAGAUCUCAAGGGAUUUCUUGAAAACUUUAACGUGAGUGGUUUGACCUCAUAUAAUGUCAACAGCGCUAAAUUCAAACCAAUUAGUUUGAAUGCCUUCAUAGAUAUAAACUGGCCGUUGAUAACCGCGAGUACUAAUUAUUCCUUAAAAGGCAACGCCUUUAACUACGAUAUUUAUGGAAAUGGAGGUAUAAAUGGAAUCAUACAUAACUUCAGUGCUACUAUGAAUGUUGGUUUCAACUUGAAGGAUCGGCAUAUACAAGUUCGAAAUAUAGCAACAAAGAUUUUCUUUGAAGGAUCAGAUUUUAACGUAACGGGCCUCUUCAACGAUGAGGGCAUGUCUAAGAUAGUCAGCAAGACGAUUUCCGAUGUUACGUCUAAGUUCAUCACCGCGAACCAAAACACGAUUGCGUAUAUUAUUAAUACCUCUGUCACGAAGAUUUUAAACAAAUUUCUGUUAAAUAUAACAUUUCGAGACCUAUUGAAAGGAAUAGGUUUGUAAUACUUUUCUACCUGUUGGCGCCAUGUUAUCGUUCAAUCAAUCAUUUCUACAACGAUCGAUCCCAGUUGAACGAUACAAAUACAUGAUAAUGCACUUAAAGAGCAUUUGUUGGUAAUGUUGUCAAAGAGAAAAUUUUUAAUGAAGCUUAUUUUGUUA